AAGUGCCGUGCAGAGUGUCUCGAACACAAAAUACAGCCUAAAGAGGAAGAGCGCAAGCAAGAAAAUAAACCUGUUUGUCUACGCAGUGCUUCAAAAUUUCUUUUGAUACAACAGAUAAAGCUUUCGACGACACAAGAUUAAAAGAACAACCUUAAAUGGAAAGAUAAGCAAUAAACGUGCUCUGGGUUAUAAGGGAGGUUACAGGCACGAGGAAAGCAAAGCAAGAAAAACUGCACCUGAGAAGGACAACAUCCCAACGUGGGUGGAUCUUAAUGCCAAACUUCAGAAACAGGUUACUCAAAUUUCUGAGUAUGUGGAAGGCAACAGGCUGAAAGCAGUCUCACGGAUGGACAGAGUAGAACAGGAUGAUCCAAUUCAGGAGCACUGUGAUACUUCUUGCUCUUCUGCUGGUGGGCACUUUUGCAGUAGAAGACCCAGAGCCCAUUUUUAAAGCUCUUGGUGCGGAACUGGAGAUGGGUUAUUGCUUUGGCGACGACAUUGCUGUGUACAGACAGACUGCUGAUGGAAAGGAGCUGUUGGGUCAGUACUCAAAUUCUUUUGUUCCACCACCUGAUUCCUUUAAAGGUCGGAUCAGUUUCUCCAGUGAUGUAGAAGGGCUGCUUGGUCUGAAAAUCACAAAUCUUCAGUACUCUGAUUCUGGCAACUACAUCAGAGAGUGCUGGAGUAAUAGCACCAUGGAUAAUUAUCGCAAACACUACCUCUACAUUUGUGACAAGGAGUUCGGCUUUAAGAAAAUUUCACUGAAACCCGGCACAGGUGCAGAUAUAGUAUGCAAUAAGGAUUCCAUAAAGCAAGCUACAGUGAAAUGGUACAGAGACGUGCACACCAUAUCUUUGUUCAUGGAUACUAAGAUUUCUUUGGAGCCAUUACAAGCAGAGUUUAAAAGCCUGAUUCAGGUUCAAGGCGAAGGCUCAUUUUUACACGUUUCUGAUGAGUUUAUUCAGGACAGACCUCGAUUUUUCUGUCUGGUCAUGGAGGGAGAGCAAUGCAGGAACUUCCAAACCAUAGGACUACCAGAGGAGCCUGAACUGAAGACUAUUUAUCGUUCUGUGGGAGAGGACGUAGUCCUUACAUGUUCAGUGGACCCCCUCAGAAAGAAUCACUGGAAAACACCCCUUGGACAAGUUAACUCAUCUGAAGCAAAUAAUCAGAUGUUCUUAUCGACAAGCAUGAAUUCUGACUAUUCCCUAAACAUUCAGACUCUAACUUCAGAUCAUUCUGGGAGCUAUAAAUGUUUCUCUACCUUCCUCAUUGAAGAUUAUACUUUGAAUGUGUGCCCUUUGCUUGAAUCAACCACAGUUUUGUUUUCUGCAUCUGAUAAGAAGGUGGUCCUCCAGUGUAACUUCAUGUCUUUACCAGCAUUUAGCGGUAAAGUCGAGUACGCCAGCGUUCUGUGGUAUCGAAAGAAUGGUGAGAAGGACAUCCUAAUAAUGGACUCAGGGGAUCCUUCUUUAACCCCACCUACUGACUUACAAAGUCGUGUAAAAUUAUCACGGGCACAUUACUCUCUCAUCAUUACUGAUCCCAGAAAGGAGGACAGUGGGACGUACUUGUGCGUGGUGCUGCUGGAUAAUGAUGAGACUGAUGAGGGCGAUGAUGAGGAUGCUUAUGAUGGUGAUGAUGGAGGUGAUGAAGAUGAUGAAGUGGAAUCCCCUUCAUGGAUAAUGGAGGAAGAAUACAUGGACAUGUGUCUCUUCAGGCAGGUCACCAAUCUAAAGUUUGACCAAACUUUAAUAACGAAAGUACGAAAAGUGGAUCAAACACCUCAGCCUGAACCUGAACCUGAACCUAAACCUAAACUUGAAACUGUACCUGAACCUGAACCUAAACUUAAACCUAAACCUGAAACUGAACCUGAAUGUGAGACUAACGUGACAAUGUAUGCUGUGUAUGCAGGGAUUGCAGGCCUAUUAUUACUGGCUGCAAUCUGUAUUGUGGUGUUUCUAAAAAUGAGAUCUAAGAAAAGAUCUGCUAUUCAAGGAGGAAGUCCUAAACAAGCUGAAGAGGAAGGAAUAGCACUUAAUUCAACAAAAGCGUAGAUCCCUAACCAUGAAUCAUCCAGCAAUGAAGACCAGUUCGACAGGCAGGUUUUUUGGAUGGGCCAUGUCUGCUUUCACUUGUCAAAAUAGGCUGUCAACCUCCCUAACUGUCAUUAUGCACUACGCCAAGAGGCAAGAGUCAUAUUUCAUGGGUGUCAUUUGUGCUCCAAGACACGUUUGUAUUUGCCUUAAAACGUACACUUCUGUCCCUUAUUUUAAAACAUCUGUAGCUUUAUUUUAUCUAAAGAAUUCACUCUGACUGUCUAGGUUGUCUUAUAUAUUAAUAUUUCCCAUGUUAUCUGGGUUCUGCAUGGUCUUGUCUUGUUUAAACCUUUUUUAACAACAGCAUGCAUUGAAAGACAUUAUCUAAGCAUAGAAAAAGACAUGUCUCAACCCUCAGAUAUAACAGUUGCUGCACCCUGCCGAUAAAACAGCUGCAAUUUUCAUCUGCUAGAUUUGAUCAGGCCUGUAAUGAAGUGCAUGUCCACUGGGGGGUGUCCUUAUUUGUAAAGAAAAUUAAGCACUGAGUUGCAAUCUAAACCUUACAGGAAUGACUUAUUGAUUUUUUUGCAUUAAAAAUGACAUUUUGCAUUAAAAAUGCAUGCAUGAAAAACACUGUUUUUCGUUCUCACUAACCUGUGAACCCUCUGUUUCUUUUUCUAUAAAGCAUUACAUGUUAAACAUGACACAUAAUAUGACUGUUCCAAAAAUAUCGUUUCCUACAGACGAGCCACGUUUAUAACUCAAAUAUGUGUCAUAAGGCAAUGUGACUUUGCCGUACAGCAACACUAAAUCAAAAAAAUCACAUUAAUAAACUCAACCAACCAAGAGUAUUUGUGUAGACAGGAUAUGCCCCCUGAAAUAGCCCUGGAACGGCCUAAGCGCAACAAAAGCGCACACACACAAACACUAUGAGCUAGGAGUGACUUCUAGGACAAAAAAGCCACUAGCAGCAUAAGUCCUCUUGCUUUCUGAGGGGAUUCAAAUUAAGGAAAAGGGAUUAUCAGGAACGUCUGUCAGUUAAAGUGAUUUUAACAAGAGUGUGAUGAGUGCUGGACUUGAAUGAUGAAUGAGGUUUACAAACCUGAAAUAUAAAUCAAUCAAUGUGUUAAAAGCAGGGUUAUUAAACAAUUUAGCAGUUUAAUUGAAUAAUUACAUGUUAUGCUUAUUAAAUAGUAUUUUCAUUUUCAAAUGCGCUGAGGAAAUCCCCCAGUUUAGAAUAAUUGAAAACAUUACAGUGCAGUACAUCAUUGACUAGACAUUGCAAAAAGUGAUUUUAAAACACGCAGGUGGUACUUCAACAUUUUUCUUAUGGGUCAAGGAGUAUAAUUAUUUUUUAAAUAAUUAAUUGUAUGUCAUUGUACAUUAAAUUGACAGCCCUAGUUAAGACUUUUAUUGUUUGAUUUAGUACAUACUCAAUUUAUUUUCACACUGUUGAUUUCAUAAUGUUUACUGUUGCUCUUUUGAAGUAUUGUGUGGCUUUUUGUUUCAUUUUUUAUGGGACCGGCUGCCUAGUGUAAAUAAUGUGUUUGUCCUAGUCUUCUUGUGUACACUGCCUCCUCAGGGUGUUUGUAGACCUGCAGGUUCAGUUUCCUGCUUCCAUGGGCUGCGUUUCUUUCUCCUUGCAUGCUGUGUGGGUAUAAUUAUUGCACCUAGCUUGUUUGGUGGGUAUUUGUGUGUGUGUGCUUAUCUUUCCACAGGUUCUGUGUUGGUGGUGAACUCCUCUGAGGUGAUUUGGAGUCUGGCAUCUGGGGUCUCUCAGCUCUCCCUUUGGUGGCUAUCAGGACAGUAAAGACAAGACUUUAGACUUUAUCUUGUAAUAGGCAUCAUAGUAUAGUGCCCUACC